AUGGCCUCUCGUCGGACACGCUCCGGCGUCUCGGCUUCCGACUUCCCGUCGGUUCCCAAGACACCGCCAGGAGCGCAGAGCGCCUCGAGUGAGGCUCCCUCCGCCGCCUCCCGCCCGGGCUACUGGCGCGAAACUGUCGCGUGGUAUCCGGACGGCAUCUUCGGCCCGUACCGGCCUCCGUCGACCGGCUACAGCCGCCGAGAGCUCCUCGCGGACGGCGUUGUGCACGUGGCGGGAGUCGCGCUAGGUUUCGUCGGCGUCGGCGCACUCCUCGCCACGCAGGCCGCCAAGCGGCCUCCCGCCGAGGUGGUUGGCGCGCUGCUCGUCUACUGCGCCUCGCUGCUCGCGAUGCUCCUCUGCUCCGCCACCUUUAACGGCCUCGCCUGGUCCAAGCCGCACCUCUGGGCGCUGCAGCUCGCAGACCACACUGGGAUCCUACUCCUCAUCGCCGGCACCUACUGCCCGAUCAUGGCGAUGGCCUGCUGCCCGCGCACGCUCGUCUUCGUCUGGGGGCUAGCGCUCACCUCGUUUGCCGUCAAGGCGAGCCGCUCCCGCCUCGACGUGGUGAAUGUGCACGUGCCCCUCUUCAUUAUGAUGGGCUGGGCGGUGGUCUCGGCGUGGGGCGACGUGAUGGGAGCCCUCACGCCGUGGGCGCAGAGCAUGUGUCUCGCCGGCGGGCUGCUGUACACGGUGGGCCUGGUGCCCUGGGCGGUUAACCGCCUCGAGUACCACAACGCAGUCUGGCACGUGUUUGUGCUCGCCGCAUCCGGCUGCUUCUUCGCCGUGCAGCUGCUCGAGGUGGCGCAGCCGGACCGGUGGGGUGCGGGAGCGCGGCCGGCAGCGGGCAGCAAAGGAGGGGCUUGCCUGCUGCCGUGA